AUGGGAGAAGAAAGGUAUUAUAAACAAAGAUAUUCCUUAUUUAGUAAAUAUGACGAAGGAAUACUAAUGGAUAGAGAGGCAUGGUAUUCAGUGACACCAGAAGACAUCGCGAGGAAUGAAGCAAUACGAGUCUACACUUCACUCAAUUUUUUACAGAGAAGAAUUAAAUUGUUAGAUUUGUUCUGUUGUGUAGGGGGAGACUCGAUACAACACGCCACACAGAACUUUUCCGUGACUGCUGUUGAUAUUGAUAAAAUGAAGCUUGAGAUGCUUAAGCACAAUGCUGAGAUCUAUGAAGUUGAGAAGAGUAUAAAUUGUGUCUGUGAAGAUGCAUUUGAGUUUGUCGAAGAGAUGAAUACACGGGAAUAUGAUGUGAUUAUCAUAUCGCCGCCUUGGGGCGGGCCUGGUGCUUUUAGAAACAAACAAAGUCUCAAUUCGUUGUUUCCUGGAUUGAAGAAUCUCUUCUGUGAAUGCGUGGAAAAGUGCACAAAUGUGAUACUUCACGUCCCAAGACAAAUGGAACCAGAAAAUAUAACAAGAGAAUUCAAUUUCCCAAUCGAAGUUGUUACUUAUGCACUCGGGGAAAGAGAUGUCAUGCAAUCGUUUAUUACUGGAGCAUUGAUUAUACCAUAA